CUAUGGGAACUCAGUGUGUCCCCAGCCCUUGUUUGUAAACAAGGAAGGUGAGAUUGGCAGAAGGGGUUUCUCCCCAGCUCCAUCCCGGGAGGCUCUGACGUGGGCAUCCUCAAGUCCCCAACCACUUCCCAUGGGCCCUUUCUCUCCCCUGGUUUCCUAGGGACAGAGAUCAGGGAAAUAAAGGCAGAAGGCAGUGAGAGGGAGGCUGUGCCUGCUGCUUGGAUUCUCUGGGCUCACUCCCACAGUGAGCUGCACACUGUGAUGGAGACCCCUCUGGAAAAGGCCCUGACCACUAUGGUGACCACGUUUCACAAAUAUUCAGGGAGAGAGGGUAGCAAACUGACCCUGAGUAGGAAGGAACUCAAGGAGCUGGUCAAGAAAGAGCUGUGUCUUGGGGAGAUGAAGGAGAGCCGCAUCGAUGACUUGAUGAAGAGCCUGGACAAGAACAGCGACCAGGAGAUCGACUUCAAGGAGUACUCGGUGUUCCUGACCACGCUGUGCAUGGCCUACAAUGACUUCUUUCUAGAGGACAACAAGUGACCAGGGCUGCCCUCCACCCUCACCCUCCACCCCUUGCUGCUGACCUCGGCUGCUCCUCUCACAGACCCUCUUUGGCCCCCUGCCCUCCUCUCCCUCCCAGAUGGACCCUUCCAUGGGAGGAAAUAAAGUUUCCAUCGCAGGUGCUGGGA